UGAUGUUAGCUUCAAUCUUUUUUUCAAAACGUUUCCGGCAAGUUACGCUGAGAAGGACUAGAAUAUCCGAGAACGGCGUCGUUCAGCAGCGACUGUCUCUCAGUGACGUUGGUCUUAAGUAUCUAGCUAUGGAAGCAACGUGCAGAGAAGCAUCUGAGGAGGAGGGAUUUGCGAGAACAGCGAAAACAUCAGUCUGGUGGGACAUUGAGAACUGCGGUGUCCCAAAAGGUUGUGACGGCCAUAAGAUUGCUCUCAACAUUAAAUCAGCUUUGGGGAAAAUGAAGUAUUGUGGUCCGCUCGCCAUUUAUGCUUAUGGUGACAUUAAUCAAAUGCGUUCAUCUGUACAACAAGCACUCUCCUCCACCGGCGUAUCACUCAACCACGUCCCUCCCGGAGUUAAAGACGGGAGCGACAAGAAGAUCCUUGUAGAUAUGUUGUUGUGGACAAUGGAAAACCGAGCUCCUGCUAAUGUGAUGCUGAUCUCUGGUGAUGGAGAUUACUCAUAUGUUCUUCACCGAUUGAGGAUGAUAGGGUACAACGUUCUUUUAGUGCGACCUGAGAGUGCAUCUCGCUUUUUAGUUGCUGCAGCAGAUAGAAUAUGGUUAUGGAGGAGCGUAGUUGCUGGUGGCUCUGGCUCCGAGGUCAGCAAGGGUGUGAACUCAGGCUUGGUCGUUGAAAGUAAGAGUAGCAAGAGAUUCCGUGUGCAUGUUCCUUGUCCUAAUUAGUUAUAAUGUGAAGAAACUCGUAACCUCUUCAAGAACCAACAAGCAUAUAUGUUUUUACUUAAUAUGUGGCUUGUUGUUGAGUCUUAAGAUUAAACCAUUUUUUUCUUCUUAAUUUGUUUUUGUUGUGUAGGCUUCGAUAGUAGCCACU